GAAUAAAAAAUUGAAAUGGAUUUCAAAGAUAAAGUAAUUAUAAUCACUGGUGCAAGUGUUGGAAUCGGUGAAGCCACAGCAUUAAAGCUGGCUGCAUAUUCCGCUAAGCUGGUACUUGUAGCAAGAAAUGAAGAGAAAUUAAAACAGGUGGCUUCGAAAAUUGAGAAAUGUAAAGGUAUAAAACCACUGAUCGUCAAAGCGGACUUAGAAAAAGAUGAAGAUGUAAAAAAAAUUGUGGAGAAGACUAUCGAAUGCUUUGGUAAAAUCGAUGUAUUGAUUAACAACGCCGGUGCUGGAAUGAUAGCAGGAUUGAAAGAUGGGAUUCUACCUUACGAGAAAAUGAUGAGAUUGAAUAUACGAUGCCCAUAUUUCCUCACCAGUCUUGUAUCUCCUUACCUGAUAAAAUCUAAAGGUAAUGUGGUGAACAUUUCAAGCGUUGCUUCUACGAAAGCAGUGAUUAAUCUCAUGCCAUAUUGUAUAUCAAAGGCUGCAUUGGAUAUGUUUACAAAAUGCGCUGCCAAAGAACUGGCAAUGCACGGUGUUAGAGUUAAUUCUGUGAAUCCUGGUCCUACAGUAUCUGAGUUUCAUGAUAGGUUGGGCUUGGGAGCAAAGGAAACAGAAAAAUUGAUGAAAGAGAGAGCCGAAGAGAGUCCUCUAAAAAAGAUUGCAAAGGCCGAAGAGGUAGCGGAUUUGAUUAUGUAUCUGGCAAGUGAUAUGGCUUGCAGUAUCACCGGCAGUGUUUACGUUAUUGAUAAUGGUUUUUUGCUUCCUUAGACAAUAUUGCAUUACACAAUCAUUUACAUAAUGUUACGUUACACAAUGUUUAUCAGUAAACUAUAAUAAUACAUGUUGUAUAAAUAUCAUUAACAAUAACCUAUAACACUCAACAGAGUAAGUUGUUUAGCUUAAAAAGGGAAUGUUAUUUUUUAAUUUUAAUAUGGUUAUUUAUUUCAACUCAGUAAUUAAUAAAUAUCAGGAUAAUAAUAAACAUUUGCUUAAAAUAUAGAUGAUAAAAUGGUGUAAGACGUAGUAGAUAAUUUGCAAAAAACUGGCAACGUUUAAUCUUAAUAACAAUAGACUCGACUUGGAUUUGAAAGUAUUAUUCGAAUCUAAAAUGAUAUACAUAUCUGUUUUCAAACAAACCAACGUUUCGGACUCUUUUCAGGUCCCAUGAUCACAGCUGACUUAAACUGUGUAGUGAUUAAUUAGUUAUGUCUAUUAUUAAAGCAAACCACCAAAUUCUGAACUUAUAAAUCCUAAAACAUAUGUAGUUUCAUUUCCAAAGUGCAACACUUGAGGCCCCACGCCUAAAAAAAGGAAUCUUCUUCUGUAAAGUAGGUAAAAAUAAGUGGAAUAAAUUAAUUUUAUUUAUCAUUCCAAUAUUUAUUAAUAUUUACAUGACACACAAUAGGAACUUAAAUGGACUAUUAAUAAAAGCUUUUAAAAUAAAUGCUGCAUACAAUUGUACGGGCUGUACAAAAUGGUCUUGUAAAACAUAGUGAUACGGAAAGUUUUCAGAUAUUUUGCUAAAGUAACGAUUACAUUUUUUAUUAAUUUGUAGCUAAUUUCGAAUCGAAAUACGUAGUAUCGAUUGGCCCGCAACAUAUGUAUACAUUAUGUUGACUGAUUACUUCCGGACCGCAAGAGCAUUCUUAUCCUAGGAAGAGUUGGAAUACAGGGCUAUUUUUAAAAUACUAACAACCUUGUAGGACUAUAUUUUUAACAUCAUCACCAACAACUUUUGUUCCAUGACUUUUUGUAUAACAUAAUAAAUCUACCAAAAAUAAACUUUUCAGUUUUUAUUGUACUAUCUGAUACUUUUUAGAUUUGUAUUUGGCAGUAAAGUAAUCACGUGCAAUCGUCCUCCGCUUCGACUCCCACCCCCGUCAUGGGGGUCGAUUCAGAACCUUAUGAUAACUCAGUUGUCGACCGAUUUCUUUUCAUUUUUAUUCGCAACACCCGAAUCGAACUCAAACUGUCGUAUUCGAAACCGAACCGAAAUGACAUCACACCCGUACGAUUACUCGAACUUCUCGGCCGGCAAAGGCUACAAACGUUAUUCAGAACACAGUUAUCGGUAAUGAAAGUAACCGAUAUAUCGAGAGCGUCAUCUGUACCGCGUCGCGCAAGCUAACAAGGUGCACCGAUUUUUUACUCCAGAGCUGCGAUACCUGUUGUAUAAAGCUCAGGUCCGAAGCAGCAUG